ACACACACACAACAGAGCAUACGUAUACACGGGCGCACGUACACGGAGAAAUAAUCCUUAUCCUUGAACCGACGCCGCCCGCACCGACAGCGUCAGGACAAAAGACGACGGCAUUGGAACCGUGGAUUCGCCUCUCUCUGUCUCUCUCUCUUUCUCUUUUUAUACACGACUGAUACGAGCGUGUAUCUUGUCUCGCAUAUACGCCGACAGUGUAUACGUGUAGUUCCUCUUCCUGUGAUUUGUGCGCGAGGCCGUUCGCGUCUAAGCGACUUUCGUGUAUCACUCUUUCGCUCCCGCCAAGGAACUCCAUAUCCGCUCGUUCGAAUCGCAUAUCGUCUCUUGUCGUUAGCGAUCGUAAGAUAAAUACGCAAUCACCUCGCGUGUGUUUCUGCCUGUCGCACAGCAGGCACCUCUCUCCCUUGUUUUCUUCCUUCGUCCACUUUCGCGCUUUCCCGAGACCUCUCCCCUCUUUGCCCCCGUUCCCCUUCCUCUUCCUCGAGUGUACUCCCUCGCGUCGGGACAUAGCACUCCGUGUUCUGCGUCUGUCUACGGUGCGGAGUACCAUAUAGCCGAGCGCCCUCUCGCUCCCUCCAGCAGCAGCGGCACGUCGUCUUCUCGUCGUUUCCCGUCUACUCCGUCGUCCCCGGAGGCAGAAUAUGGAGGCGAUAGCAAAGCACGACUUCACGGCGACCGCCGAGGAUGAGCUUAGCUUUCGCAGGAGUCAGGUUCUGAAGAUUCUGAAUAUGGAAGAUGAUAUGAAUUGGUAUAGAGCUGAAUUGGAUUCUAGAGAAGGGCUUAUACCAAGUAAUUAUAUCGAGAUGAAGAGCCAUGAUUGGUAUUAUGGAAGGAUAACCAGAGCGGAUGCCGAAAGACUAUUGAUGAACAAACAUGAAGGUGCCUUUUUGAUCAGAAUCAGUGAAAGCUCCCCUGGUGAUUUCUCCUUAUCUGUAAAGUGCUCCGACGGUGUGCAGCACUUUAAAGUAUUAAGAGAUGCGCAAGGCAAGUUCUUUCUGUGGGUUGUCAAAUUCAAUAGCCUCAAUGAACUCGUGGAAUACCAUCGUACAGCAUCUGUUUCUCGCUCACAAGAUGUUAAGUUGCGUGACAUGGUCCCCGAAGAGUGUUUGGUACAAGCACUCUAUGAUUUUGCGCCACAAGAGCCCGGUGAAUUAGAAUUCCGACGAGGGGAUGUAAUUACCGUCACAGAUCGUACAGAUCAGCACUGGUGGCAUGGAGAAAUCGGAAAUAGACGGGGACUGUUUCCGUCUACCUAUGUCACGCCAUACCACUCCUAGGCCUCACAUGGCCGAGCGCACAGAGGCCGUUAUUGGGAACAGUGGCCGCCUUAUCCCACCUCUAUCACCUACAGGAUCCGAGUCGCCGCGGAUUUGAUAAACAAUAUUUUACAAACUUCACCUAUUGAAUGGGCCACUAAAAUGUAUUGGUGGUCUCGACGGAAAGUCUUCUAAGUAAACACGGCUGAAAAUGAAUCGAGAAUAUAUCCCAACACCAAAAUUCUUAAUAAGAAUAUCGCGUUAUUUACAUGGGGGAAAAAAAAAGAGAAAGAGAGAAAACCGUCAUCGAUAUCACAUCGAAAGAUCCCAGCACAAGGAUAUAACGACAUCUAAAGUUUAAGGACAAUUUGAGUAUUUAAAGAUGUUUCGACGAUAUCCAAGGAUCCUAAGAUCUCUAACGCUAUCCGGGGAUCCAAGAAUCCAAGAAUGCUUUUACAAAUGUCUUACGAAUGCAAAGAUGCCUAAAAGAUGCCUAAGGAUCUGAGGAUUCAAGCAUUUAUAGAAUUCUAACAAUUUACAAUGAUCCUUUAUCUAGGAGUAAUCUAAGUAUCUAUGGAUACCCCCAAGGAUCUAAGGAUCUCCGUUUACAUGAAGUCGCGUUCGAGGAUAAUCGAAUAUGUAUAUUUUUGUUUUCUUUUUUUUUUGUAAACCUUCUUUUUGAGGACUCUAUUUUUUCUUUACUUAUUGCGUCAAGCACAGAACUUCGUAGCAUUAUUGUGUAAUUAUUAUCUUUUAUGGUUAUUAUUAUUAUUAUAACUAUUAAUGUUAUGUUACAUUUUAUUAAUAACAAUAUAUUAUAUUAAUUAUAGCCGCGUGUGUGCUUUGUUUACUUGUGCCCAAAUACGAUGAAGAUAUUCCUUCGUAUCGCAAAGUAAUGCGCUAUACUAGCGAAUGUUAGUAUUGCUGCUAGUAUAGCACGUUAUCUACUUAUCAUAACAAGUAUAAAACGAAUGACUGGUCGGUCUGUCUGUUCACGGCACACGCUAGUGAAUAUGCCAUCCGGGAGACUUCCUGCUCGUACGCUUUUAGCUUUAUCAGUCGACCACGAUAAGCCCUGAAAGCGGAAAUUCGCGUAUCAUGAUCGAUGUUAUUCCGCCGGCUUUAAUAAUGUUCAACGUUUGCCCCUUUAUUAAGUAGAAUCAAAACAUGAUAAGAUUAAACAUUAGAUUCGAAUAAGAUGUAAUAGAGAUUAUGUAGUGGAAUUUAAAUCUGGGAAAUUUUGGGAAUGUCUCAAAAAAAAGUUAUCUUUUAAGUUAUCAGAUUUUAAUGUUAGAGCGUAACGUCACGCUUCCUCGAUUAUAAAAAUUUACGACGGUUGAUUAUUUAAUUGCGUUAAUAGACUGCUAAGAAAUCAUCUAAUUACGCUUGUGAUUCAGUUUUCACGUGCAAAGUGAAGCUUAUUAAUAAGAAAAGGAAAAGAUAUAUAUUAUAAGUCAUUCGAAAAUAUAAUUCACAAAUAAAUGCAAUUAGAUUUGAAAACAUAUACCAUUAAUAGAAUGAAUUGAUUAUUUAGCUCUUAUUAAUUGACGAAUUGAUCAAAUUAAAUCCAACACGAAAAUCUCACUACGGAUAUAACUUUUACUUCAGAACAUACUAUAUAGCAUGAUACUUUUGGACCAAGCAAUGUAUUAUAAUAAUAAUAAUAAUAAUAAUAACUUGAAAUAAAUGUCUGCCCAAGCCAGUGAUCGCGAACGAUCUCCGCGAUCUCUUUUGUAUGAUCGUUGUUUCUGUAAUAAACUUAAGCUAUAUCCUAAUAUCGAUUAUAAGUGUGAGCUGAUGUAUUAUGCAAAGAAAACAAAAUACAUAUUUCACGCAUGUAAUUGCCAUACAAGUGCAUUAUGAGAAUCAUUGGAAAGAUAAGAAAACAUAUUCGGGACACAUGUGAGAAUCGUAUUCAUUGCUGCUGAUUGUAUGAUGUUCAACAUUCGGUGUGACAGAUGUUUUCUUACAUAGCAUAAUAAUGUACAAUUGCAGUUAUUAUUAAAGCGAUGGUACAAUACAGAUACAAGGGACGAUGCACCAUAUUAUAUAAUUAUAUAAAAUGCUGCUAUAAUAAAUGACAUAUUUC